CCCUUCUCUUCCACCACGUGUGUAUCUUUGCCCGGGCUGCCGCCCUAGCUCAUUCCCUAACCGGCUGGUUUGAGAGGCGGAGGAGGGGGUUGUUAGCCUUGGACUGAGGGUUCGCUAUGGGAAGUUGCUCGUUCGUUCUCCUGCACCCAGCCCUUCUCCCUGGUUAUUCGCAGCCGGUUUCGGAGGCGAGGAAAGGGAGGCGACGGCUGCUGCAGCGGCUGCCUCUCCUCCCCUUGGCUGCCGCACCGCUGGGCAGGUGCUGAAAGCCACCCAAACCCGAUUCUGUCGCUCUCUUCCACUUCUCCGCCUGCCGCAGUCUCUAUGGAGCAUCUGAGUUAGAUGGGCUCCUGGCCCCGGAGGCAGCGGUGGAUGUGGCGCUGGGCAGAGGCAGCUAGGGAGUGUAGCUGCCGCGGGGCAGCGGGCCACAGGCUCCACUGCGAGCCCCCGGACCAUCUAUGGGGGCUUCUGCGAGCAGCACUGCCGCCGGCCGGCGCUGCUCCCGCUUUGCCUCUUCCUCUUCCAGCUGGAUCGCCAGCGGACCCCGAACCGCAAUGAUCACCCGCUCCUUCCUCCUGCUUAUAUUCCUUACCACCACUCCUGCUCAGCCCAAGCAGCUGACUUCUGAACAGGAUGCCAUGAAUCUCUCUGGCACGUAUCUCCAUUUUGACUCUGCCACUGGCCACUGGCUUACCUGUGACAAGUGUCCAGCUGGAACUUUUGUGUCUGAGCACUGUACCAACACUACCCUGCGGGUCUGCAGCCGCUGCCCCCCUGGGACUUUUACCAGGCACGAGAAUGGCAUCCAGAAAUGCCAUAACUGUAGUCAACCUUGCCAACAGCCAAUGGUUGAGAAAUUACCCUGUACUGCCUUGAGUGACCGGGAAUGUGCUUGCCAACCUGGCACAUUUCAGUCUAAUGGUACCUGUGUCCCCCACACGGUUUGUCCCGUGGGUUGGGGCGUACGGAAGAAAGGGACGGAGACUGAAGACGUGCGGUGCAAGCAGUGCCCUUCGGGUACCUUUUCUGAUGUGCCUUCUAGUGUGAGGAAAUGCAAAACUUACACCAACUGCCUGAGCCAGAACCUGAUGGUGGUAAAGCUGGGGACGAAAGAGACAGACAACGUCUGUGGCCCGCUCCCGACUUACCCAGGCACGCUUCCGUCUUUCCCUGACACAACCAUCCUUGCCAGCCCCAAGCAGGUGGAAAACCAGGAAGUUCCUUCUCCCACUUACAUUCCCAAAGGUAUGAACUCUACGGGAUCUAACUCUUCUGCUUCUGCCAGACCAAAGGUACACAGUGGCAGCCAGGAAUUGGCAGCCCCCAAAAAUGCCACCUCAGCCAAGGAGAGGGGAGGUGUGAAUAAGACCUUCCCAAACCUCCAGGUUGUGAACCACCAGCAAAUUCACCACCACCGGCAUAUCCAGUCGGUCCUAAAGCCACUGCCCCCCAUGGAGGCUGCGGGAGGGGAACGGUCCAGCACGCCCAUCAAGGCCCCCAAAAGGGGAUCUCCCAGGCAGAACCUACACAAACAUUUUGAUAUCAAUGAGCACUUGCCUUGGAUGAUCGUCCUCUUCCUCCUGCUGGUGCUUGUGGUGAUUGUGGUGUGCAGCAUUCGGAAGAGCUCAAGGACUCUAAAGAAAGGCCCCCGCCAGGAUCCCAGUGCCAUUGUGGAGAAGGCUGGCCUGAAGAAAUCCUUAACCCCGACGCAGAACAGGGAGAAAUGGGUUUACUACUGCAAUGGGCAUGGUAUUGAUAUUUUGAAGCUGGUGGCAGCCCAAGUGGGAAGCCAGUGGAAAGACAUCUAUCAGUUUCUGUGCAAUGCCAGUGAGCGAGAGGUGGCUGCAUUUUCCAAUGGAUACACAGCAGAUCAUGAAAGGGCCUAUGCAGCCCUGCAGCAUUGGACCAUAAGGGGCCCUGAAGCCAGCCUUGCCCAGUUAAUCAGUGCUCUGCGUCAGCAUCGUCGGAAUGACGUUGUGGAGAAAAUUCGAGGUCUCAUGGAAGACACAGCUCAGCUGGAAGCUGACAAGCUGGCCCUUCCAUCAAGUCCCACCCCACUCAGUCCCAGCCCCAUCCCUAGCCCCAACCCGAAGUCUGAGAAUGCCACUGUCCUGACUGUGGAACCAUCCCCCAUGGAUAAGAACAAGGGCUUCUUCGUGGAUGAAUCAGAACCCCUUCUCCGUUGUGAUUCCACAUCCAGUGGCUCCUCUGCUCUGAGCAGGAAUGGCUCCUUUAUUACCAAAGAAAAGAAAGACACAGUGUUGCGGCAGGUACGCUUGGACCCUUGUGACUUGCAGCCAAUCUUUGAUGACAUGCUCCAUAUCCUAAAUCCAGAGGAACUGCAUGUGAUUGAGGAAAUCCCCCAGGCUGAGGACAAGCUGGACAGGCUAUUUGAAAUCAUUGGAGUCAAGAGCCAGGAAGCCAGCCAGACACUUCUGGACUCUGUUUAUAGCCAUCUUCCCGACUUACUGUAGGACACCGGGGACACAACACUCUGAAUUAUUGCUUAGGGCACUUGGUAAAGAUGAUGGACAGCUAGGAGACAGGAUCUUUUAUUUUAUUUUAUUUUUAAACUACAAUACAGGGCCAGUGUUUUAAAUUGUUUUCUUUUUAUUCCCCUUCUUGAGAAAGGACAAGUUCAUACACCCUUUCCAGGUGUACCUGCCAGUGCAGUUUGGGGUUUUUUUUCCAGUUUCAUCUUUGCUCUAUUUAGCAUUUUUAUAUUUGUUCCAAUCAUUCUGUGCACUUUAAAUUCACUUAACUGACCAUAACUAUGGUGUGACCUUUUUCCUCCACCCCUGCACACAGAAUUUGGGAUAUUGCUAAAGCUUCUUGUUUGUUUGUUUGUUUGAAAUUUAAUGUCAAGUUUCUUGUUCUCAAUUGGAAGCCUCAUUGCCUCUCUCCCUCCUCCCACUUCCCUUUCCUUAAAGUUGUUCUUUUAUACCAAUAAUUAUUUUUCCUCUGGGGGUAAAAGAAAUUACAGGCUCAAUACUGAGUCACACUCAUGUGACCUGUUUUUACUUGAGUUAACUUUUUAAUAUGUCCUGUUUUAUCAUUUGUAUACAUGGCUGAUGUUUGACUAGGACUCUCACUGAUUUAUGGUAUUUGCCUGGACAGUUCAUAGAAUGUUUGGUUUACCCAUACUCUUUUUUCAGCGGAAGCUCUCAUGGGGGAAGAGUCUUUCCUUUGGCCUUUAGGACUUGCAAAUACAGUUGUGUGGCAUCCCAGUCAAAAAGGGGAGAAUUUUCACCUCACCUGUUCUGGACUGAGCAGUCACGCAGUGUUGAUGCUGCACUCUGGGAAGUAGGAACCGGAGCCCCAUCAGGACCCCGCCCCUUUUCCAUUAGUCCGAGUUUGCCGAGUUAUGCUUUACAAGAUGUCUUGGUUUUUUAUACAUGCAUAGCCAAUAGUUCCAGUUGGUCCUCACAGCCUUGCUUGGUCCUGGUGGUAUCUGCCAUCAUGCAAUCACUUUUCUUAAAAUGGCUGCAACUGUAAGAACUCUCGUCCGAUAUAUUUGCAACUCUUAGGCUCCCAUUAUGAACACACACACACACACACACACACACAUGCACAUGUGCAUACACACGCACACACAGAGUCUGUUGAUGCUCAGUUGCAAGAAUUGAAUGUGAAGGUUGCCUAUGCCACUUUGGUGUGAAAGAAGUAGUGGGGUGGUGGUGGUGAUGGUGGUGGUAAGGGACUGAUGUGGAAAAAAUGCCUUCAAGUGUACUAAUUUAUUAAUAAAUAUUAGGUGUUUGUUACUUGACUUGUUUGGGUGUGUUAAUCCUUAAUCCUAACAAUUAGAGCUUUCUAGCCUUGGGGUUAGUAGUGGUCUCCCCAUCCUGGCAGCAAGCAAGGUGGUACAAUGGAGAGAGCUCUGAGCCUGGAAUCAGAAAGUCCUGAGUUCAAAUACAGCCUCAGAUACUUAGUAUCUGUAUAACCCUAGCAAAGUGACUUAACCUCUGUCUGCCUCAGUUUCCUUAAGUGUAAAAUGGAGAUCAUAAUAACACCUACCUCCCAGGGUUAUUAUGUGGGUCCAGUGAUAUGAUGUUUUUGAAGUGCUUAGCACAGUGCCUGACACAUACAUAGUAGGCUCUUCAUAAAUGCUCAUUCUCUUCUUUCUCUUCAUUAAAGGUCUAAAAGCAAAGACUGAAUAGCCAUUGUGUUUUGGGUGUUGUCAAUCAGAAUAGUUUCUGAGUAUUUUCAGAACCUCCUGCUGCCCCUGAAGUUGCUUCACAAGACUGUGCUUGGGAACAAAGGGAAAUGGGAUCUCAGGAAAUGUUGGCAAAAUGAAUUCCUUAAGCUUGAUUUAUCAUACCCACUAAGCCUUCUCUUGGAAAACAAUUGGCUUUUUAUGUAGCACUGGACAUAGUGUGGUAUAUUGAAAAUGGUACUGUAUUUGAAGUCGGAGGGCUCAUUCAUGGCACAUAGUAGGCACUUUAUAAUGCUUGUUAAUUGAUAGAAUUGGGUUCAAUCCCAGGUUUGCAACUUACCAUUUGUUUGAUUUGGGGCAAGUUACUUGAACCAACUGGGCUUCAGUUUCCCCAGCUGUGAAAUGAAGGGUUUGGACUAAAUGAUCCUUAAGAUCCCUUCCAGUUCUAGACUGAGGAUUCUUACUGAUGAAUUUAGAUUAUACCACUCAUGCAUAUUUUUGGAAACCUAUAUGACCAGAAGCAUCUGGCAGUGAAAAAAGCCCACAGUGCAUAUUGUAGAGGCAUUUACAAGUUCCCUAUGACUAACAGGGUUAGUCCCUUAAGUACCUGGUUUGGGAAUCUUCAGGGCAACCAGAUGUUCUUCCUUUAGCAUUUCAGUCUCUGAGAUGUCCUAAAGGCUAAAGAAAGGCCUGGGAGAAGUUGAAGGGAGAGAAAGGAGUAUUUCAGUUUUAGUAUUCAGUCUGUUUUCACACUCUCUCAUAUGGUGACCUUAUCACUUCCCACAGGUUUAUUAAUCUUUAUGUCAUUGACUCUCAGAUCUAUAUAUCCAGGCAGAGACUCCAUCCUGAGCUUCAGUCCAACAUUACCUAUUGGACAUUGUGAAUUUAUGUACUGUAGACUUCUCCAACUUGGCAUCCAAAAUUGAAUUCAUGAUCUUUUGCACCCAAACAUAUCCCUUUUUCUAAACUACUCUAUAACUGUCAAAUAUACCACCCUAUUUCCCAGACAUCCAGGAUACUAGUUUCUUAAUCAUGAUGUCAUCUUUGACUUCUCACUCUAUAUAUCCAAUAAAUUGUCAAAAAUCAUCGAUUUUUCCUUCACGACAUACAUUGCGUCCAUCAUCUUAUUGCCACCUGUAUGCCUACCACCCUAGUUCAGGCCAUUACCUGUUACCUAGCCUGUUGCAAUGGCCUAAUUGAUCUCCUUGCCUCAAGUCUUUCCAUUUUCCAAUCUGAACUGCACAUGGCUGGCAAAGUGAUUUUCCUAAAGCACAGGUCUGACCACGUAACUCCCUCACCCCUCACUCAUUCCAGUGACUUCCUCUAACCUCUAGGCUCAAGUAUGAACUUUGGCUCUUAAAAGCUCUCUCCACAAUCUGCUCCCAAGCUACCUUGCCAGUCUUAUUUACAUAUACUCACCUCCACAUACUUUACAGCCCAGCCAAACUGAACUUCUUGCUAUUACUCACUCCUGACCUCCACCUCCCAUCUCUGUGCCUUUGCAUUGGCCGUCUCCCAUGCCGGAAAUGUACCCCCUCUCCACUUUUGCCUCCUGGAAUUGCUGCUUCCCUUCAAGACCCAGAUCAAGCCCUGCCUUCUGCAUGAGGCCUUUUCUGAUUCUCCCAGCUGUGAGUGCCUUCCCCAUCAAGGUUCCCUUGUAUCUGUUUUGUAUGUACUUAUAAAUAUGCAUGAUGUUUCAUCCAUUAGAAUGUAAGCUUCUUUGAAGGCAGGGACUUC